AGUUGUACCCUGUUUGGGGAAGUGGUACAUCCAUUAUGGUGACGCAUUUCCUCAUGCGCGUAGUUCCAUACAUAAAAAGUAACAUUUUACAUUGUUGUGUGUUGCGUCUAUGAAGCAGAAAUUUUAAACUCGGAAGCAAAAUGGCAUUUUCCUGUAGGCACCUCCGAAUCAAACACAGACUUCUGCCUCCCCUCAAGACUGCGGCUUUGACCAUCAGCACUCAAGUUCGUCACUGCUGCAAAGUCACGAGGGCUCGCCAAACUCCAAAUGUCACUUGGACUCAAGCAAAAUAUCAGCAGCGACAACACAUCCGCUUUUACAGCGAUUUGAUUGUUAAACAUCAGGAAAAUAAAGAAGACACAAAGUUAAUACACUUUAAGGAAGAUGUACUGCUGAAUGAAAGCCCCACAACGUUAGAUCUGGAUGCCGCCCCUGGAUUGAAUGCGCUGGAGGAGAUCAGUGACGAAGAGGCUGUGAGCCUAAAACCUUUUUCACCCAUCCCUCCUGUGUCUGCCUCUCUCAGAAACUACGUCGACCAUUCGGAGACGCUCACAAAACUAGUGGAGCUUGGGGUGAACCUGUGGAAGCUGGAGCAAAGGCCUAACGUCGGCUCCAUGCUGCUCCGUCUUGACUUCCAUACGGAUGUGGCUCCGAGGCUGCUCUUCCUUAAAGGCAUCGGCGUGGACGACUCUCGUCUGGGCUACAUUAUCACACGCAACCCGUUUUUCCUCACGGAGGAAUUGGAAAACCUUCAGGCCAGGGUGAACUAUCUCAAGUCCAAGAGGUUCAUGGCAGAGACGGUCGCAUCAAUGGUGUCCAGAGCUCCAUACCUUCUCAACUUCAGCGUGAAGAGGCUGGACAACCGUCUGGGUUUCUAUCAGCAGCAGCUGGCCCUCAGUGCAUCCAACACUCGUACAAUUGUCGCACGUCUGCCUAGACUGCUGUGUGGCAGUAUGGAGCCCGUUAAAGAAAAUCUAAAGGUGUGCGAAAUUGAGCUCGGCUUCAAAGCCAAUGAGAUCCAACACAUCGUCUUGGCUGUUCCCAAAAUUCUGACAACCAACAAGCGGAAAUUGACUCAAAUAUUCAACUUCCUCCACAACACCAUGAAGGUGCCACAUCAUCUGAUGGCCAAGUUCCCACAGGUGUUUAAUGCCAAGUUUCUGCGCAUAAGAGAGCGGCACCUGUUCCUGCAGUACCUAGGAAGGGCACACUAUGACCCAGAUCAAGCCAACUAUGUUUCCUUGGAGCGCUUGGUGUCAUCUCCGGAUGACAUUUUUUGCACCGAGGUGGCUUUGGCCACGCCGGAAGAUUUUUACUUGUUCCAAAAGACACUUUAAACUAAGAAGCAAGAGGAACAGGAGUAGAAAUCAUGAAAGACACACUAUUUUAAACAUAUUUAAAGCAUUUCAAACAGCACCCUGAUGUCCUGCCUGUGGUAUGUGUUUGUCAAAAUAUCAGGAAUUAAAGACAGUUUUGCAGAAAAAUAA